UAAUUCAAAUAGGAACACUUCCUCUAUCGACUUUUUCCCCAGAAUAAUGGAAGGAAGCAAGGGCGAAGAGGCGUUCGAAGCACUGGGCCUGAAUCCCCAGCUCUUAAUCAACGACAUUCUCAACAUGAUCGACGAUAUGGUCGAAUCUGCCUUCGAUUUUUACCAUCAGGAAGCGACGAAGCUCUUUGGUUCCGGGGGUAAUGGAAGCUCUAUGAGAUCGGACGAUUUGGCCAAGGGGAUUUCCUCUCUUCGUUGUCUGGUGGAAAGAGCCUUGGAUAAGCAGACGGGCCUAUGGGAGAGAUACUGCCUCGAUCAUUGCUUUUCGGUUCCUGAGGGUUUUGUCUUGCCAAAAAAUCAAGACUCAUCUGGGAACGAUUUGAGGCAAUCUGAUCUUUCUGAUGAGCAACUCAAUAUGCAGUUGGAUGACUUAAGGAUUAAGCUUGCUGAAGCUGGAAAGAAAAAUGAAGAACUGCGGAGAGAGAUACAUUCACUAGAGAAGCAAGCUAGAUAUGAUGCUGCUGUUGUGGAGACAAUGCAACUGCUUGAACAAAAUUCAGCUCCCCAAACGUUUAAAGAGAUAAAGGAAGCAGCAUCCAAACUUCAGGAGAAAAUGCUGGAAGCCAUGACUAAAAUGAAGAAAGGUGCAGGAGGAGGGCUAAUAAACAUAAAUAUGUUGAAAGAGGGUAUCUGGAAACAGGACGAAUACCUUUCAACAAAGCUCGAAGAGAUCCAUGAUGUUGUACAAAUUCUGAAAAUGUGAGCUUCCUUCUGAUUUUCCAGGUUUUGCUGUUUUGCCAUUUUGGAAUUGAUAGUUCUUUUAUAUAUAUAUAUAUAUGAAACGUGAGAUUCGCUGUUUUUUACUGUAUUAUUCAUUGUUAUGAAUAGGCUAUUGUUGUGAAAAAAGUUUUAGUAGAGGCUGUAGAUAAAGCUUUUAAAAUGUCGAAAUGAAGUUGUUCAGCAACAUUGUGGCAUGAUUGUUCUGUAAAACUAAGUAAAAUUAAGUAUUUAGGCUCA